AUGCGUUCUGGCUGCACUAUCAAUGUCAGUAUCAUUGCUUCCUUCCUUUUUCGUCUUUUUCUUUCCCUUGAUUAUGCUUUUCCCUUUCCUCUUUUUCUUUCCCUUGAUUAUUUUCGUCAUUUUCUUCUUUCUGUUUCCCUUAAUUAUUUUUGUCUUUUUCUUCUUUUUCUCGCCAUUGAUUAUUCUUUCCUUUUUAGUUUAUUUCUUUCCCUUGAUUAUUUUCGUCUUUUUUUUCAUCUCUUUCUUUUCCUUGAUUAUUCUGGCCUUUUUUUUUUUAUCUUUUUCGAUCAUUUAAUUAUUCUUGUAUUUUACAUCUUUUUCUUCCCAUUCAUUAUUCUUGUUUGUUUUGUCUUUUACAUUUCCUUGAUUACUCUUGUAUUUUUCGUCUUUUUCUUUCCCUUCAUUUUUCUUGUCUUUUUCUUCUUUUUCUUUGCCAUGAUUAUUGUCUUUUUCAUCAUUUUUCCUCUGCUUUUUCUUUCACUUAAUUAUUCUCGUCUUUUUUGUCUUUUACUUUCACGUGUUUAUUCCUGUCUUUUCGUCAUUUUCAUUCCCUUGAUUAUUAUUGUCUUUUUUUCACUUCGUUAUUCUUGUCUUUUUCCUUUCAAUAAAUCGCCACUUCGCUUGACGUAA